AAACCCGUCUCUUUCAUUUUUCCUCCUCUAUAACCCCGACACAGAUAAUCUCUCUCAAAAUUGAAGUUUCUAGGGUUUCUCAUUUCCGCGAAAACCUCCAAAUUCGUCUCCUGUGAUGGACGAAGACCCCGAGAUUCCCCACCAAACGAAUCUAAUCGAAGAUCCCAACUUGAUUCCAACCCCCUCUAGUGAUCCCAAUCUCGAUUCGUCGCUUACUAAUCCCAACGACGCCGUUUCUAGGGUUCCCGAGAGUGAGAGAUCGGAGAAAUCUGCUGACGAUGAUGAGGAAGAUGACGUCAGCGAAACAGAGCCUAGGGUUUCCGAGGUUAAAAGUCCGGAUAAUGAAUCCGAAGAUGAUGACGUGGCGUUCUCGGAAGAAAAGCUCCACACUUUAGAGAAACAACCUCUAACGGAUUACAAGUCUCUGUUAUCGGAGUUCGAUGAUUACGUGGCGAGCGAGAAGCUCGGCUCCGGGGUGUCGAGAGCGUUGAGUUACGGUUUCCGAGUUGGAGAUUUGGUUUGGGGGAAAGUAAAGUCUCAUCCUUGGUGGCCAGGUCACAUCUUCAACGAGGCUUUCGCGUCUCCCUCUGUUCGUCGCAUGAGGAGAGUGGAUCAUGUCCUCGUGGCGUUCUUCGGUGAUAGCAGUUACGGUUGGUUUGAUCCGGCUGAGCUUAUCCCCUUUGAGCCGCAUUUAGCUGAGAAGGCGCAUCAGACUUGUGCUAAGCAUUUUGUGAGGGCGGUGGAGGAGGCGGUGGACGAGGCGAGUAGGAGGUGUGCGCUUGGUUUGACUUGUAGAUGUCGGAAUCCGUUUAACUUUAGGGUGGUGGCUAGUGUUGAGGAUUACUUUUCUGUUGAUGUUCCGGAUUAUGAGGUUCAGGGGGUUUACUCUGGUGAGCAGAUUGUGAGAGCUAGGGAUGAGUUUUCGCCUGUUGAGGCUGUGUCGUUUGUGAAAGGGUUGGCUUUAGCGCCUCAGGAGUGUGGUGAUGGUGAUGAUGUUGAGAGUUUGGGGUUUUUGAAGAGGAAAGCUGUGGUUUUGGCUUUUAGGAAGGCUGUGUUUGAGGAGUUUGAUGAGACGUAUUCGCAGGCGUUUGGGAGUAAGUCUGUGCGCAGUUCGGUGACUUCGAAUGAAUCUCAUAGUAGAACACCCUCUAGAGCUCCCUUGAGUGGCCCGUUAGUCAUAGCAGAAACUCUAGGUGUACCGAAGAGCUCUAAAACAUCCACAAAGGUUAAGGAUUCGAAGAAACAAGACAAGUAUCUUCUCAAACGAAGAGAUGAAGCUGGUGAUAAGACAGUUCCAGUUAGCCAAGUUGAAGCAAGUUCAAGCAAGAGCAUUGGUGGAAGAGAGGCGCUUCAAAGUCCAAUGAAAGAUGAGCAGGCUGAGAUUGUGAGCAUGGAUUCCAACUCUUCAGGUGCAGAUAUUCCUGGGAAAGAAGGUUCUGUUCCAAAGCUCUCUCUUGAUGAAGAAAAGGAUGUAGCUGAAGAAUCAGCAGAGAAAACAGAAGUAGUAACUCCAGAGCAUGGGAAAUCUGAAGAUAUGGCGCCUCUUAAGCAAGAGGCUGGACCAGAUUCCGAAUCAGCUGGAAGUUCUCUCCAGCCUUUGAUUGAGUCUCCUCGAGGUUCUCAUACCUCAGCAUCUGAGGGGAAGAGUUCCACAGGAUCUCUAAUCAAAAAACUCAAAGUUACUAAACGCUCUUCAAGCGAAAUAGGCACUGAGAAUCCUCCUUCAGAGCCAGUAAAGAAAAAGAAAAAGUUGAAAGAGCCUAACACUAAUCUUCCGAGAAAGAGAAAGCAGUUAUUAUCUUCUGGGGAGCCUGGAGCCAAGAAAUUGUCACAGCUUAGUCUGGAUGCUGAUGUGCCGAAGCUAUUGGGUCAUCUGCAAGAUCUCUCUUUGGAUCCUCUCUCUGGUUCAUCAGUUGCUUCUUUUGGAGCUGCAAGGAAAUUCUUUCUCCGUUUCCGUUCACUUAAUUACCAGAAAAGCUUGUUACUAUCUUCAUCUGAUGCUACUACUAAUGCUAGAGACACAAACCUCUCAAAACCUGGCAAGACCUUGAACAGAACCGAAGACACAUCAAAAGCUGUAAGAAAACGUAUCUCUUCUGAUCGUGAAGAAGAAACCCCAUCAGCUACUAAGAAGCUGAAGAAAACUAAUCAGUUGAAACCAAUGGCUUCUGAGAAAAUGAUUAAACGAGAAGCAAAGGACAGUGUAAAACCAGUAAGUGCGGUUCAGGCAAGACUAUUAAAGCCUCAACCCGGGAAGAAAACAGCUCCAUCAGCAAAAGUGGAGGAACACACAAUGCUGGUCAUGAAGUUUCCACCAGGCACAUCUCUUCCUUCACCUGCACUGUUAAAAGCCAGGUUUGGUCGGUUCGGGCUGUUGGAUCAAUCAGCCAUCAGGGUUUUCUGGAAAUCAUCGACCUGUCGUGUUGUCUUCCUGUAUAAAGCCGAUGCACAGACUGCUUUUAGAUAUGCAACGGGAAACAACUCUCUCUUUGGAAACGUGAACGUAAGGUACUUUUUACGUGACGUGGAUGCUCCUAAAGCCGAGACUCAAGAACCAGAAAACGCAAAGGAAGACGAUGAGCCACAGAGCCAGUUGGUAGACCAAGCAUCGCCACGUCACCAACCGAAACUACCACCACCACCAAAGAGCAACCUCAAAUCCUGUCUGAAGAAACUGGGAGAUGACACUAGCAGUAACCGGCCAAGAGUCAAAUUCAUGUUAGAAGGUGAAGAGAACUCGAGUAAAGCAGCAACCAACGAGCCACCACCACAAUCCGCAACGAACUCGAAUAGAAACGAUGGACCUUCUUCAUCAUCUUUUGGUAUGGAAUUUGUUAGUAAGAAGUUUCAAAACGUUGUUCAUCAUCAUCAACAACAACAGCUUCCACCUCCUUCAACAUUGCCACCAAUUCUUCCUCUCCCUCCACAAUACUCAAAACCCAUUAAAACAGUUGAUCAUGUUGAACCACCACCUAUGCCAACACCACCUUCUAGAAGCUUCCCUGGCCCGAGCACAGCUGCUGUUGGUGCAGGAGACAUAUCUCACCAAAUGCUCAACCUUUUGUCAAAAUGCAGCGACGUUGUGGCUAACGUGAAGGGCUUGUUGGGCUAUGUUCCUUACCACCCAUUGUGAAAAAAAAAAAAAACAAAGCCCGUUGAGAGAGAUGAAAAGAAGUGUUGUUUUCUUUGUAUCCGUGUUUUUGGUUGAUAUAUUGUGUUAGAUAUUGAGUCGACUUUAUCAUUUGUUUCAGACAUGUAUUACAAUGGCUCUUUACAAUCUACCAUAUCCAU